UUGGCAAAGCGAGGACUGGGAUCUCGCCCCCAACUCCGUUAUUCUUUCCACUACACAAUGAUGCCUCGAAUGACAGUGUUAAGACAGUCAAAGUUUCCAAGGUCCCAUUCAGAAAUCUCCUAGAACGUCAUCAGGAGUGGCCCCAUCUCAUGGCACUGAGUGUUGGUAUCAUCUCAGUCUCGGGAGGUCAUUUGGCAAAAGCGAGAAGAGCCAAAGCAGGAUCUCCCCCAAAUGUCACUGGAAGUCCCAGAAGGGAGACUCUCCACUUAGCUUACCAGAGUGUUUCCUUCUGUCACUCAGACAUCUCAAAGACUCCUGGACCUGGUGAGGUGCCCAGCCCUGCUCAGGUCCUGCCACCCCAGUAUCAAUGCAGUGCUCUCCGGCACGGGGUGCACAACACAGUGUUCUCAGCAGACUGUGCCUUGGGGGAUACACCAAACACUGAACAGCUGAGGCGGAAUUGUACCAUCUACCGGCCCUGGUUCUCCCCUUAUAGCUACUUUGUGUGCACAGAUAAAGAAAGUCACUUGGAGACCUACAGCUUCCCAGAGGUACAACGGGAUGAGGGCAGGGAGGGCAGGGGGGACGUUGGCCAGCCUGAUGAUAUGGCCGAGAGCAUCUGCUCUUCCUCCUCCUCUCUGGAGAAUGCCUGUCCCCGGGAAUCCACUAAGAAACUCAGACCAGGCCUGGACUCCAAGGACUACAUCACGUCCCAAGACAUCCUGACAGCUUCCAAGUGGCACCCUGCCCAACAGAAUGGCUACAAGUGUGUGGCCUGCUGCCGCAUGUACCCUACACUGCACUCCUUGAAAAGUCAUAUCAAAGGGGGGUUCAAGGAAGGCUUCAGUUGCAAGGUGUACUACAGAAAACUCAAAACUCUCUGGGGAAAGGAGCAGAAGGCACGGCCGGGGGACAGGGUCUCCACCAGCAGCUGCCAGACUUUCAAGUAGACUUACAGAAGCCCAAUAGAAAAGACCAAAGGAAAAGGGGGUU